AUGGCCCACGUAUUGCAGAAGUGUGCCAAUGAGCUCGCCAUAUCGCUGAACGCGACGGGUGUGUACUACGCAAAAGGAAAGAUGCCUGACCGUGUAACCUCGUCGAUCGCGGGGACCUCCUCGGCGGAGAGCAUGGGCGGCAGCGCUGGCAAGGCCGCCAAGACCAACACUGUCAGUCCCGUGGAGGAGGGCCAAGCUGCAGUUGUGAAGUUCAGCUCUCACUGCGACAGCGUGGCUAGGGCAGCUGUGCACACCCCCUCGCCCCCAUCACCUCCAGAAAUGAACGCUACCGACCUGGACACCACUUCUCCCAGGUCGAGUGCGGCGGGCCCUGUGGGGCUCUUCUUCGACGUUGGCUUGCACGAAAUACCGAAUCCCCCGCGAGACUUCGAUGCGACCCCGUCGACACUCGUUGUGGAUGGGACACACUCCAGCGCGAAUGGGGCCGUGAUCGCGGUGCGGGAUUUCGUCUCGCACAUCCCGCCCUUCUUUGUUCCAGUGACGGAAGUGGUCACGAAUAUGCCCGGCUACACAGCGGAGCAUCUUGAGGUGUACCUCAAUGUCAAGUCGUUGGAGUUGGUAACCGUGGCCGGCGAGCGCUAUGUGCGUCUCUACGGUAGCUUCGGCGAUCUGUCACUGAGUGGGAGUGAGGUGUCGGAGAAGCUGUACGCGCGCUACCGCCCCGAUGUGGCUCUUGUAGAGGCGUUUGAGGCCGCCUUUGAAGGCAUCUACGACAAGUGGAUGCCGCUGCCGGAGCUGCUCCGCCGCGUUGGACCGGAUGUAACGGCACACCUGCCCUAUCAAGGGCCCGCUGCCAUCACGUACUUCGCCCAGAUGCAGCACCGCUUCGCUUUUGCCGUACGUGAGGUUCCCACAACGGACGGCGGGGCAGCGGGAGCGCCAUCGUCACCGCAGUUCACGACCGAGGCCGCAGUGCUGCUGCGGAAGCCCGGCUACUCUGGCCUCGAAGCUCACUCUACGCCCACGCCAAAGAGUUUCCAGGCACUGAUGAGCCUGGUGCCGGGUGACACGCAGGUCGACAUUGAUGUUGUCCGGUGUCAGCUCACCUCUGCCGUUCGCGCGGAACUGAGCCGCUACUAUGGCGGGCUGGACGGUUUCUUUGCCGCUCACAAACCAGUCUUCUUUGUUCCACCAGAGACGCCGACCGUGGUGAUGCGGAUGCGGUAUCGGCUGCGCACUCAACGCGCGAAACUGCCGCUGGAGGAACAGUUGCGCAUAGCCACAGAUGCCCGCGAUAAGGCACGCAUUCGUUCCCUGCGCCGCAAGAUCGCUUUCCGUGACGACCCGUCUCACCCGCUCCACGACCCAGAAAACCUGGCGAAGGAAGUGAGCAAACACCUUCCCCGCCGCGGCUUUGUGAACCUCAAGACGUUUCUCAAGCGCAACGUCCCGGAGGAGUUGUUGAUGUUCAUGCCCAAGCGCAUUCGAUGCUUCUUCAACAACUAUCCGCAGUACUUCACUCAGUUUGAGUACCAGAGCGCGGGUAAGUGGUGCCUCUGUCGACCCGAUCAACCUCUGCCGCGCGGGGUGAUUCGACAGAACUUCAGCGAUGGCGAUCUUCUCCGGCUCAUCGCCGAGUUCCUUCAACAGCGCGGCGCUCGUGCGGCGUCCACGGUCCACACAAACCUCCCCUUCGGCGCCCAGGAGGUGAUUCGGCGCAGGUACGGCGGUGUGUACUUCUUCGUGAUUCGAUACCCCCAGUACUUCAGCGUUGUGCUCAAAACGGAUAAGCAAAACGUGAAAAGCAGUGCUGUGGUGCAUCUCAUCCAGGUGCCUAGCCAAGAGGUGUCGGACGCCACCAUGGCGGCAAGUGCGGCUUCUCUGAACAACCCGAAUGCGCCAAGCCAUGACGAUGAUGGGCAUGAAAGUGGCGACGACGACGACGAUGAGGACCUCGACGACGGCUUGGAUUGA